AUGGACGAGCUGAAUGUCCCUUCGGACCUCUCGAACUCGCCCUUCUUGGUCUCCGUCCUACCGCAACUAAAGCGAAAUACUGCUGCUUUAAAGCCGCCCGAAGCUGCAGCGCUGGCGUCUUUGCUGCUGAAGAGGAAAGAAUUGGACAGCGAGACUGCAGAAUGUCUGAGUGCUGCUGUGUACGAGCACCUCGGAGGGACUUCGUCGCUGUUGCUUUUGCAACAGGAGUAUAUCUCCUCUGCGGCAGCGGUGCAUUACUCGCAAGUGGAAAGGCCGGAUAAUCUCAAGUCCCAGUAUGAACAGCAAAUGUUACAGCGGCAGCAGGAACGUGCUGCCUCCCCUUCCUCUCUGUCUUGUCUUCUUCAUUUGGGGGACAGCCUCGUCGCCGCAAACCUCAAGCAGGCCUUAGAGAGAGAGGUAGAGCUUCACUGGGCAGCGAUGACGCCAACGGAAGUCUCGGCAACCCUCAACCUCCUAGCAAAGAUGAAGCACCGACCAACUUCUCCGCUGAACAAACUGGGGUUGGCUGUACAGCAAAGUCUCCAUCUUUAUGCACCAAAUUUGUUGUCAGGCUGCAUCUCGAGCUUUAACCGUCUGCUCUAUCGCCAUCAUUCCCUUCUUUCUUCCCUAUCAGCUUUCCUGCUGAACAAACAAGUCGCACAGCCUCAGCACCACCAGCAAAGGAAGGACCAUCAGCAACGGUACCCCCUCCCGUCUCUCCGGUUCGUCGGUCAACUCUCAGGUGUGUCGGCAACAGUUCCUGCGGCGGCGAAGAGUCCAGCCGCAACAGGGACAGCAGCAUUUCCUGUUUCGCCCCAGCACAAACCUGAACCGAUGCAGCAGCGAGAGCACGAUUGGGCAGCAGGGUCAGCUGCAGAAAUGCAACUGCCACGACCACUGAGUCUUUGGGGGCUUCAUUUCCCCCAGCGGCUCCCUCCUGACGCACAUCUCCCCCCUCUACUUGCCUCGGAGGGGUACAGUUGCGAAGAUAAGGCUGAAGCGUUGCCACUUCUCCAGCAAGAAGAGAAGACCAAGAACGCAUCUGACUGUUUGGCUUCUAUUUGUGGCUGGCCAGAGAACAGGCUACGUUUUAACGCAAUCAGUGCACCAGGAACUUUAGCACAGACGGCAACGGCGCGCAUGCCGUCACCUACAUUGAAAGCGGAGGCUGGGACAGCUGCGGUAGCAGUCCCUGUUAGUGGUUUAGGCAGUUCGUGUAAUGCAGGUGCCAGCAUUGAUCCGUUUCUUGCUGCUACUUUGCUGCAACAUCUUUGUCACAUCCAGCACAACAAGGAUCCGGAGCUGUUGUCCAGGCUUCUUGCAUCCAUUUCAGCGGCCGCUGCAAGCUAUGGGCAGCAGCAGCGCAUGCAGCGCCUCUUUGGCCAAACCGCUUCUGCUCAGGUGCAGGGCAACCGCCUUGUCCGCGUACAAGCAAACUCAGCGGGUAGUCGGCUUGCAACUUCGGUUGAAUCAGUAGAGCCUGUAGCUGCCACUGGCAAGGAAACUGCUACAACUGCUGUGGCGGCUGCCUCCCUUGAAACAUUAGUUGCAGCUGUUCCAUCAGCAGCGAAUCCAGCCGCAUUGCACGCAACAGGUGCUGCAGUGAGGAGGCGCUGCGGCUUCCCGAUAGGCACCCACGAGCUGCGCGAAAGCUGGGCACAGUUUGCUUCAGCGGCGAUCACUGCGGCAGACGCCUUCUCCCCCCGCUGGAAAAAUUUCAGAGAAACGAACCUUUCAGGACCGACUGCGGAACCUUCUGGCGGGCAGUACCGUAUACGCCGCCAGCCAGAGAAGGCAAAGCUGCACAAUGACGCAGGAUUGUCUAGGAGCCAAUCGCAGCCUUCAAGCUCCCUCGCUAUCCCCACUGACAAGGACACGAUAAGGAGGCUGAAGGAACAAGGAUUGCACAGAGAUUUGCUGUUCGUAACUUUACCUUGGAGCUCAUUCGUCUCUCAAUACAGGAAAGUCAUAGACAUUGACGCAGGUCGACCGAGUCUCGGCAGUAACGAUCGGCGGACUGGAAAGGGUCGCGUUACUGGGAACGGAUUUGUGCCGGCAGGUGCAGAAGUUACUCGAACAGUUACACAAAGAGAGUGUGCUGCAGAUUCUAUGAAACGCUGGGCCUGUUGUCGGCGCGCUUUUUUACAACCAUUCCAGCUGGUGUCUCUCUUCUCGCGCCAUUCUUUGCCGACAGUUGGUGUGGAGGCAGCGGCAUCUGCAGCGAAGGACAACUCUGUAGAAUCAUCGUUGCUUCCUCUCACCGGCUUGGUUUUGCCGCCUCGGCAGCAGCUGCAACUCCCUUCGCAGCAGAAUUUCCCCUUUGGCAUUUCAUUCGUCGAGACUGCAGGUACGCAGACACUGCUCAUUGACACGGGUCCGCUGCUUGCUCCUAUUUUGCCGAAGGAUGCGCCCUCCUCUCUGAAAAAGCAAAUAAAACACAAGUACGACGAGAGAAUGAGGUAUGCUGCACAAGCACAAGCGCUUUUGCAGCGGUGUCACCAACGACGUCAGAGCCUGCCGACCCCGGUUGUUGUUCCGUCUAUUGACGCAUCCAGUGCGACCGCAGCAGCAGCAAAACCAGCAGUUGUUCAAACGGUUGAACUGACGUCAACGCCAGUGCACCCCCCACUAUUUCAAUCAGCUUCAGCGGUUUUCCCACGGAAUUCAGUUCAGUCGACUGCUGCACCGAAGUCCACACGGGCAAGAGAGGAGGAGCAGUACAGGAGCCGGCUCCUGCAUGCCGUAGCGGACGCUCUGUCUGCAGCAGCUAACAUGAGGGUAUUAACUCUGCGAAUCGCGAAACCAUUUGUGGUGCAGCUGCCCUUGCUCUGCGCAGAGUCCUCAUAUGAGGCAGCAGGGAUCUUCGCAGCAGCAAAAGACCUGAGUGCUUGUUGCACAGCUGCCGCUGCAGCAUUGCAGACCCUGGGCCUGCGUUUAGAGGAACCGCUUUACUUCAUGCAUUCAACUAAAAGAAGGAAUCCACGUCCUCCCGCUCUAGACUUAGCGAUGAUACGAGGAGAGCUUUUGAUAUCCCUGGAGAUGGCCUUAAGGACACCUCGUUUCCUUGCUCUAUGGCGGCAGGCGGCAGCAGAUCCGGCAACGUUUGAGCAUCUACCAACUCAGCGACGAGCCGAAGAUAGUCCAUACAGGCGCCUGCCGCAUAUUCUGCCUCAAGCUGCGUAUCUCUACUCUGUUGUGUUCCAAGCACUGGUCAAUGAUGUGGAAAGUGAAUCCGCACCUUCGGCGCUCGUAACCUCCUGGCAGCAGCAGCAGCAGAGUGCAUUGCAAUUCUGCGCCGUAUUGGCGAACGCUAUUGCCAAGAUGCGUUGUGCCUCCAUCCGCAAUUCUCCGUCCUCGCUUGCCUUCAUGUUGAAUGCUUGCCGUUGCCUCUCUUCUGGGGCGACCGGUGCACGGAGUGUGGCGGAACAGCACCAGUCGAAGCAAUCGCUAAUGAUGCUACUGCGCCGGACGGAGAAGGCGAUCAUGCGAGAGCUUGAGCAAGUGCUCACAGGCAACAGCGCUAACACUGAAGAGCAGCUAUCAAAAUACAUCCGCUUCUCGGUAGUUGCAUUGGUGCGGAGCCAUGAGUCGACACGGGGUUGUACACUCGCUCCGGAAGCCCGAACAAGAGCAGCUGCGGUUGAAGAGUCAGGCCAUCCAGCUGCCUUCGCGUUAGCGAAUAAGGUGCACCUGACGAGGAGCACCAUACACAAGUGGGUGAAGGAGGCUGCUGCGGCGGAGGAGCUUCGUUUGGAGAACAGUUGCCUGUAUUAA